UCCUCCCCUUUAAACCAGCAGUUGUAUGUUGUCUUAAUCGCCGACCACUACUGUGGCCAGCCAGCCAGCCAGCCAGCCAGGCUAGCAGUCUGACCUACGAGCUGCCAGAUAUUGCCUUGCAAACAAUGGUUACAUUUCUGACUUGAAAGUUCAUUAAAAGACGAUAGAUGUUGAAAAAAUGUGGAUUUGAGAUCAGCGGAGAGCCAUCAAUGUGAAGAAAGAGGAUCCAUGGCAAAGUGGCUGAAGGACUACCUGAACUUUGGCAACCGGCGUGAUCCACCGCAGCCCCCAAGGCCCGACUACAGCGAGAGCGAGAUCCUGCGAGCCUACCGAGCCCAAAAGGAGCUGGACUUCGAGGACCCGUACCAGUGCUCAGACAAGGAGCAGCAGAAUGGCGGUUACGACGGUGCCAAAGUGAGCCUACCCCUGUUCCCUGCCUUUGAUUCCACCUUGUCUAAUGGUCCCGAGGUCAAAGUGCUGUCCCCCAAGCACCGACUAAUUAAAGUGGACUCCCAGGAGUUUGGCCAUUGCAAGAGUCCGCUGAGUCCUGUCCCUGUUCAAGAGGAGCCUGUGCUGCCCUCCGCCCCAGUAGCGCCGGACGCCGACACAAACUACUCCGACCCGUUCGACGUGCGCCCAGACCCACGGACCCGGCCCAGCUGGGUACCCAAAGCCUCCCCAUCGGAUUGUUGCAGCUACAUGGAGCCAUUUGAGGCUCAGCAAAUUAUUUCAGAAAUGCAACGUAACAAGUGUACCAGUCGGAGCGUCGGCCAGCUUUACGACAACCCAUACGAGGAGCGAACCCGUCAGCAGGCCCGCGUCGCGCCAACGGCGCCGCAGCAGCAUGCCGCACACAGGCUUGACGCUGGGCUUUCCCCCGUCAGGGAGAGCAGGCUGCCCCAAAACGACGAGCGGCCUGCCGACGAAUACGACCAGCCGUGGGAAUGGAAGAAGGAUAACAUCUCCAAAGCUCUCGCAGUUCAGUUCGAGGGUGCAGAGAGGGAGCGUUCUCGCGUGCAGCCUGAGCAGAGCAGACUCGCUAAGAGCGGCGGCUCGACCACAUCGGUGGACUCCAACAGUCUGGCCUGUGACGCCCUCCCCCUCCUGGGAGAGAGAGUAGACCCCUUUGUGCCGCUAGAAAGACAAGUCUGGUACCAUGGAGCAAUGAGCCGCUCCGAGGCCGAGACUCUGCUGACUCUAUGCAAGGAAAGUUCCUACUUGGUGAGGAACAGCCAGACCUGCCGCAAUGACUACUCUCUGUCACUCAGGAGCUGCAAGGGUUUCAUGCACAUGAAGUUCACUCGCUCCGCUGACGGAUGCUUCAUUCUGGGGGAGAACAGUCCGCCCUUCCCCACCAUCCCGGAGGUUAUCCACUACUACACCACACACAAGCUGCCCAUCCGAGGGGCCGAACACAUGUCCCUGCUGUACCCCGUCAUCGUGCAGACGCUCUGACGUCCGUUGCUACUGAAAACACCACAUUGCUCCGUAUUUACUGUACCAGCUCAGCACCUCUUCCCAAAACACAGGCAGCUACAAUCCAUCCCAGUGCCUCCAGUCUCCUUUUCUAGUCUUUUGGACUUUUACAGCCACUACAAUGUGUCUUUGGCUUUAAUUAACAAGAUAACUUUUUCAAGACCCAAAGUAGAUCCAUUAUGGUGCUUCCCAUCCUGUAGGUAUUAGCAACCCAUGUAGAUGACGUCUUAAAGGCACAGCUGAGGGUUUUUGAGGCCUGUGAAUGUUAUAAAGGAUGCCUGCAGCCGCUCAGGCAAGCAGGACAGCUUUAGUAAUGUGUUGAGUCUUUGUGAUCCUGACCUUUUUUAAAAUACAAAUAGCUUUGUUCUGUUUUAUAAGAUUUGAAAAUAAAAGUUGUUGUUUUUGAAG